AUGGAUAAUAUUUCGGAACUUAUCGAGCGGCUAUCUAAUGAUGAAGACGCCGUCAAGAAAAUGGCAGUCUUCAAACUUCAAUCAAAUAUCGGGGACCCCUCAUUCGCGGAACGAUUCAUUGCUCAGGGAGGCCUAUCGAAGUUACGGGAACUGGCGUUGACAGCAAGCGGUAAUACUCUGGCGUAUUCACUCACCUCAUUCUCGCGACUACUGGAACUCGAUAAAGGAUGGGACUAUGUCAAUGCCGAGCUUAUAUCACGGGUGGUUGAACUAAUAGUUACCCAUCCUCUCGUAAACAUCCUCCGCGGUGCAAUGUCGAUCCUGGUUUCUAUUGUAUCGCAUCCACAUAUAACCUCAGCACGUGGUUCAUACACUGGCCCAUUCGGCUUCCGGGCGUUGAAACCAGCUAUUGGGGCACAUCCGCAGUUCUUGGAGAUGCUGGUUAGCCGGCUAUCGUCGGCUGAUCAUGCGCUUUGUGCGAACUCUCUGCAACUAAUCAAUUCUUUAAUGCGAGAUGCUAUCACGAAUGAUGCAGAUAACGAAUGGCCGAGGUUUAUCAAAAGGUUGCAGGACUUGGGAGUUAUUAAGGCUGUCUUUGUCCUUAUGCAAAGUUCGGCCCUACAAGAUCUUGCCCACCCGCUGCUUGAAUUCCAAGCGCUUACAAAGGUAUUACUACGAAGAUGGAGAGAUGUAAAGGUAGAUUUGGAGGUGAAGGAACACCGGAUAGCUCUGAAGGGCCUCCAUUUGGCCAGUGCCCCAGAUAAACCUUCAGAUCCUUCCUCAACAAAAAAGAAACACAACCCUGAGAAAUGGAGGAGACUAGGAUUCGAAACUGAAUCACCAGCAUGGGAAUUUGGAGAAGUUGGGUUUUUGGGAAUGAUGGAUUUGACAGAUUUUGUGAGAAAAGACGAGGAUGGAUUCCGGAAGGUUUUACUUGAGCAAAACGCAAAAACACUAGACUUCCGCUGCCCUGUUGCUCGUGCUAGUAUCACUGUUACACUUAUCCUUUACCACCAGUUCCAAGUGGAUAAGUCCGAUCUUGAUGACGCAAAAACCUACGCUGUUCUCGAAUCACGAACGAAUUAUGAGCGCGCUUUUCGUCCUCUUCUUCUUCAAUGGUCACGGCUACACACCGCGGGCCUCCAAGCUUUCCUUCGAUUAUGGACCGAAACAGGUGCCAGCGCAGAAGAUUUUGAUAAGGUUGCAGAACUCGUAAGAGUACUAAUCUACCAUGUCGUCGGCCAAGCGCCUCGGACCAAGGAAGUGCAGGAAGUAGAGGAAGAAUUGACGCUGUUUGAGUAUCUCAGGCUGCGGGAUUUGCAAAUGGAGAUACUAGAGCAGUCAUAUGAGAGUGCGUGGGGGAAUCACUUGAAACAGGUCAGGGAAGAGUUGAAAUCGGAGGCUUUCCAGUUCGUAAAAGAACAGCGGAUAAGGUGUCUCUUGCAUGGCGCAUGGUUCCCUGUGACGGUUGCUCCACGGACAGAAAAUGGGACGACGCAGCAGAAGGAGCAGAAGAAGACCCAAGCGCAUUCAACGGCGUGGCGUUAUGUGAGACUGUCACAUAAUCGCCGAUAUCUGCAUUACUGCGAUUAUGAGAUGGAGACCGCGUAUGAGCCGAAACUGGAAGAGCUUCCCGAGAAGAUCGACCUCUCCAUAGUCUCUAGUGUAGUCUCAAACGUUGUCCCUGUGUCUAUCGUCUCCAACUCGUCCACAAACACCUUAACCCAAGCCUCAAAGCUCGGCUCCACCAAGAUAACGAUUCAUGGGUAUCCGCCGCACGACUCGCCAGACCGUAAACAUGCCAGAGAGCCGAUCACCAGUGAGACCAGUAAACUCAUCAACCUGGUGACGAACUAUGGCCUCAAGAUCCGGCUGCUGAAUGUGAGGUACACGGAUGACUUCCAUACAAACCCACCAGAUUUGCCGAGCAGGGAGGGGGUCGAUGACGAUUAUUAUUACAGUUUGUUUGUCUGA